GAUAAACAAGCUACUCUGCGAUUGCCAGAGAAGACGCGAGAAAGAUUACCCUGUGCUGCUUGUGAUCAGCCAAAAGAUCAAAAUGCUCAUAACACAGCUAAAGGUAUUCCAGAAGAUGCAAUGGUGGACAACCCCGUGUGGGAAAAUGUAUCGUUCGCCUUAAUUGGAUCCAUUGUAACGAUUCUUAUAGCAGUUGGACUUGUUCUUCUCUUCUCUAGAUUAAGAAAACCACACGAUGAAGACCAGAAUAAAAAUGCAACCUUUGAUGAAUCUAUUAGUGAAGACGUCCAACAAUCAGAGCCACCUGUGGUUAAUGCAUCUCAUCAGGGGACACAAAAUGAAGUAAAUGAAAAUGUUUAUGCUGAUGUUAGAUCCUCCAAAAUGAUUGAGUUUCAUUGUGAAGGCUUCUCAUCAAAUCCUUUGCACAUAUACUCUAAGGAUGAUGUAACUGAUACUGUCCUCGAGAAAACAGAUGGUAAAAUGAAUUACUCACAGGACAGCAAGGAUGCAACAUAUAAAGAAAAUCAGACAUCAAAAAUGCAUUCACGGGAAAAUGUGUACGGAAACUUGGACAAAACCAGCCAAUACAGUCUUCUGUCCUUACGACGAAAUGUUGAUCCCUCUGAAAUGGAAAAUUAUUUUUUAAAGCAAUCAACAAGUCAUGAUACCUCUCAAAACGAAGAAGCUUCUUAUUGUAUAAUGAACGCGUUCGAGACAAAUAAUCAACAGAAUGAGGAUGCAUGCAAAUCAGAUUCAGAUAUCAGUUUGACCUCUGAGCCAAAUAGUUUUGCAAAGCGAAAGUACCAUGAGUCAUAAUUUCUGGAGGAGAUUGGGAUAUAAAAAGAAUUCAAAUAAAACAGAAGUCAUUGAUCAUAUAUUUAAUUGGUAGUGAGUGGUCGAUGCAUAUUGAUUUAUAUCGUAUAUUUGAUUACGGUGCAAAUAUGUCAUAUCAAUAGGUUUUAGUGCUAAAAGAAGCUUACAGACCCUCAGUUUUUGUUUUGAAUUUUCAUAAAGCUACAAAUGUGUACAUUCUAAUAAUACACUUGGCACAUAGUUUGCAAUACUGUUGAUGAAAUAUAGAGGGAAACAAACAGUAUUCAAGCUCAAAAUUCCAUAAAACAAAACAGAGACAGAGCACACACAUACCCCCAAAACAUCAGAGGUGGGAUCAGGUUCCAAGAAGGAGUGUAUUCCUUGCAGGGUUGGCAAAAAGGGGAAAAUACUCAAAUUUCCCAGGACGGCUGGACAUACUUGUAUUACCCAGGAAAUAAUAAGAAAUAACUGCAUUUUUAUAGCUUACUU